AUGGCAUGUUCUACCGAAGCGGACCGCGUCUUCGGACCUGCCGUUCAGGGAUGCCGUUCUGAUUUCGACUUCACGCUUCUUUUUCAGGACACCGUACUCGGCAUCUUACCGUCAUCAUUACUGAUCAUUUUAGCAGCAGCCAGACUUGUAGUUUUGGCGCGCAGGCCUGCUAUUGCAAGCCUAAACUGGCUGUACCAUUCUAAGAUCGGCGUCAAUCUUGUUUCAUUCGCACUGCAACUCACCAUUUUGAUCCAACGAUGCCGCAUUCAAGAUCUGGAAACCGCCGCAGCUAUCCCUUCGGCGGCUCUUGGACUGGCAGCGACAUGCGCUCUGUUCCUUCUCUCUACAAUCGAGCACAGGAAAUCAAUUCGCCCAUCGUCCAUCAUUUUCGCCUAUUUGUUCAUCUUUACCUUGACAGAAGCCACCCGCGCAAGGACCUAUUACCUGAACAACCAAACUGUUGCUGCUUCUAUCACAGCCUCCAACUGUUGCAUCAAACUCGUGCUUUUGAUCCUGGAAGAGCAGAAGAAGUCCAUCCGCUAUGGCUCGGAUUCCUGCACAACAGCAUCAGAGGACUUGGCAGGACCGACCAGCCAAACCCUUUUCCUUUGGUUGAACAGCCUGUUCCUCACUGGAUACAGGCGAGCUUUCACUCCAGCAGAUCUUGGAAUGAUCAGCAGCCCACUAUAUGUUAAAAACAUACGUUCUCAGUUCAAUAAGAUGACCCACGGUCACAUCGCCUCUUCCGCCAAUAGCUUUGCCCUCCAGGCAUUUACAUCCUUGGGAUUAUACGCGCUUGCGCCAGUGAUCCCACGACUGGCAGUGACAGGUUUCACUUUCUCGCAGUCGUUCCUCAUCACUGCUCUGCUAGAGUAUCUGGAAAAUGGGCGUGACAGGCCAGCUAGCCACGGAUACGGGCUUCUUGGCGCCUACGCUUUUGUUUACAUUGGCAUAGCUGUUUCGAACAGCUGGUAUUGGCGUCAUACCUAUAAAUCAGUGUCAAUUAUCCGUGGAGGCUUGGUUGUGUCCAUCUUCGAAAAGGUACUGCGACUAGGCGAAGAUAGUAGCAUCGAAGCGAAGGCAACCACACUCAUGAUUUCAGAUGUUCAACGUAUUGUUGGCGGCCUCGUCUACGUUCACGAGAUGUGGGCAGGCGUGCUGGAAACCGCCCUAGCAACGUACCUUUUACAAAGAGUCAUGGGUGUCUCUUCCGUGGCCAUGCUCGGUCUGGCUCUAGCUUGCGGCGUGACCUCAUCUUUCGUUGCCACCAAAAUGAGCCUCCAGCAGGGAAAAUGGUUGAAGGCAAUGGAGCAGCGGAUCGAUGCUACAAAACGGCUUUGCGAUUCCCUAAAAGCUGUCAAAAUGCGUGGGGCGGAAACAAGAGUUAGCCGAGUGGUAAACGAGCUGAGACGAUUAGAGAUACAAGCAGCACGCCCAUUCCGUGCCCUGGUCACCGGAUCUGUUGUCCUGUCUUACAGCACCAUAACACUCUCACCAUUGCUCGUCUUCGCAGCUUACAUUGGCGUCAAUGGCGACGAUGAAAAUCUCGACUCGGCCACGAUGUUCUCUUCUCUUGUCCUCAUCUCGCUUCUUGGUUCUCCGUUAGUCCACUUGUUCCAAGCUAUGCCGGCUCUCGGUUCUGCUCAAGGUUGCUUUAAGCGCAUUCACGCCUUUCUCGAGACCCCGGAGAAACCUCUUGUUAUCAAACACAAGCCGGAAAUAAUCACGACAUGUGAUGAAGAAACCAAGAAUGCACAUCUCCAGUUGUCGGAGAUUGAAGAGACUGCGUUAUCCAUCCGUAACGCUUCGAUCGGUUGGUCUCCAGACGAGCAGCCUUUGCUCAGAGACAUCAAUCUGCGAAUACAAAAAGGUUCAUUUGUUGCUCUUGUCGGCAAGACCGGGUCGGGCAAGUCACUAUUGCUAAAGUCCACUAUCGGAGAGGGUGGUCACGUAUCGGGCUCCAUUCAUAUCCCGCUCGACAAGGUUGCGUAUUGUAGCCAAUUGCCCUGGUUGGAGAAUGUAUCGGCGGAGCAUACGUGGACCCAAUUUGGAGCGGGAGAUACAAAAUGGCUUGCAGAUGUCAUUGACGCAUGUUGCUUGGAUGACUUGACCAGCUUACCCGACUACAGAGCAGGCCGGAUUGGUAGCGGCGGCAGUCGUCUCAGUGGAGGUCAAAAGCAACGUUUGGCGCUAGCGAGAGCGAUAGCUGCUCGCAAGGAAAUUGUUUUGUUAGACGAUGUGUUUAGCGCAUUGGAUCGUACUACGAAACAUCAUAUAGCAAGACGGCUUCUCGGAUCCGAGGGGCUGUUGCGAAGACUGGGAACAACAGUUUUAUUUACCACUCACGACUCAUCUAUAGCAAAUCUAGCCGACGAGGUGUACGAGAUCAACGUCGACGGGAUGCUCACACCAGUCCCCGUGCGGAAGCCGGUCGCCAAUGGGGAAGUGGCCAAAUAUGAAGACUCUGAUGCGAAAGACACAGCCACGGACGCAAGCAACAAUGAGGAGACGUCGACGGCACCAGAUCCGGGUACUGCCUCUGUUACGCAGAACGCCAACAAUGGAGACCAAGGCGUGGGGACUCCUGUCUCGGAUAAACAAGUUUACUUGAGAUAUGCACGUGCCAUGGGCUUCAGGAAUGCUGGGGUUUUCUUGUUGUUGAUGAUUGGCUGUGCGAUAACCCUCAAAAUGCCAGAUCUUUGGGUCCAAUGGUGGUCCACCGCAAUGAAAGAAGGCGAUACGUACGGCAACAGCUACUGGAUAGGCAUCCUCGCGUUGCUAGAGGUACUCCCACUUCUGAUGUUGUGCUUCUCCCUGCUUCAUCUAAUGUUUUGGGUAGUGCCCCAGUCAGCUUCUGCCCUGCAUGCCAGCCUUCUUCGGACAGUCCUCCUGGCACCGUUUGGAUUCAUCAGCCGCGUCGACACCGGCAGCCUCCUAAACCGUUUCAACCAGGAUCUGAUGUUUGUCGACACUCGCCUCCCUCUUGAUCUCUUCAACACCUGCUCAGAGAUGUUCGUAUCCAUUUUCCAGCUGGUCCUGGUCGUUGUGGUCUCCAAAGAAGCACUUGCCAUACUUCCGGUGGUGUUUGGCGCGUUGUAUCUCAUCCAGAAAGUUUAUCUUCGAUCGUCCAAGCAGUUGCGUCUGUUGGACCUUGGCUGGAAAGCAGACUUGCACACCAAAUUCGGCGAGACCGCGGCUGGACUUUCCGUCAUCCGCGCCAACGGCUGGCUGGGCCCCAUGCGAGGAAAAUUCGACGAGAAACUGGAUCGUUCACAGGAACCAUUUUACCUUCUCUACAUGGUCCAAAGAUGGCUUCAACUUGUACUGAACCUCGUGGUGGCUGGACUGGCUAUUGCCAUCGCUGGCGUUGCUAUCGGGCUGCGAGAACAAGUCGCUGCCGCGGCUGUAGGCGUUGCGCUCCUAAACACAACCACCCUUGGCGAGACGCUGACCAACUUUAUCGUUUCUUGGACGUCACUCGAAACAUCGCUUGGAGCCAUCGCCCGCGUCUGCGCAUUUGAGCAGGAUACCCCACGAGAACGUGAGGAACCGGCAACCACGGAUUUGCCAGACAACUGGCCUGGCGCAGGCCAGAUCAGCUUCGAGAAUGUCUGGGCCACCUACGAUGAAGAGGGAUGCGAUGGCAACUGGGGACUUAGCGGCAUUACCCUUGGUAUCCAGCCAGGCGAGCGGGUUGCCGUGUGCGGACGUACGGGCUCGGGCAAAUCUACGCUACUCCUUGCUCUGCUGGGGAUGCUCCACGUACCUGCUGGUAGCAUCCGCUUAGAUGACAUGGACACAUCCACCUUGCCGAUUUCUGUCUUGCGUCGUCGGUUCACGGUUGUUUCCCAGGACAGCUUCUUCGAGCCGACAUCGACCUUCCGUCAAGAGCUCGACCCAAGCGGCGAUAUCUCGGAUCAGGUCAUGGAGGAGAUGCUCCGGGAAUGCCGUGUAUGGGAGGUGGUUGAAAAUUCGGGUGGUUUGGGAGCUAAGCGGGCGGAUUCCAAGCUUUCAGCCGGUGAGACCCAGCUGUUGGCCAUUGCGAGACUCCUGCUGCAAUGGCAAAGCCAGCCGGCAGGGUCUGGUGGGAUUAUCCUUCUCGACGAGGCAACUAGCAACCUGGAUCGGCAAACCGAAGUCCACUUGGAAUCUGUCAUGGCCGCGAGACUACAGCACGCGACUGUUGUUUCCGUCAUGCAUCGACUGGAGGCAGUGGCUGCGUACGACAAGGUUGCCAUUUUGGAUAAAGGCGUCCUGGUGGACUUUGGGCCCGUCGCGGAUGUCAUGGCUAGAUGCGAACUUUUCGGUGCAUGAAGCCAAAUGUUGUCCAUAUCUUUUCGACGUUCUCCAGAUAGCUUCAUCGAGGGUUAAGCUUCAACAAAAUAUCCAAUUCUACUUUUGUCAAUAUUUUUAUUCAGC